AUUUGAUGAAUGACAGCAAAACAUUGUUCUGGGUUUGUGGGCAGUCUUGUUUUUGUUAUUGAAACAUUGUUUACAUUACUCCCACGAAAGAUUUCGUCAUGUUACUUGAGAACAACGAAAUCACUUUCACUUAUGACUAAGUGAGAACUUUAUCAGACAAUGAAAUCAAGAUAAUCAGCAAAAUGUUUCCCUUGUGUAUACCUGACUCGGGGGGCAGGGAUGUUAUUUGUUUGUUAGAAGCAGCUGUUUACGGCCGGCGCGCAGCCGAGUAGCUAAAGCGAAAUGCGCAGUUAGUUCCAGGCAGUCAACAGAGCGCCUCGGUUCUCCGUUGGCGUCUUUAAACAUAAACAUGGUGUCUCUGACCGAUCUAAUGAAGCGCCUGGGCGUGGGCGGGCGACUGGUGCCGUUCUUCAAAUGCGUUUGCGUGUAUUUCGCGGCCGGCGGCGGCGCCCCCUCCGCCGCCGCCGUCGCGGCCAAGUGCGCGCCCGUGCUGUGCCUGCUGCUGCUGCUGGUUCUGCAGCACGCCGGCGCUGCUAACACCAGCAGAGGUCGGUACGCGCGCCUGAUAUGCUGCGGGCUGGCGCUGUCGGCGCUGGGCGACGCGCUGCUGGUGUGGCCGCAGCACUUCGUGGCGGGCAUGGCGGCGUUCGGCGCCGCGCACGCGAGCUACAUCGCCGCGUUCGGCGUGCGCUGCGACGCACGCGGCGCCGCGCUCGUGCUGUACGCCGCCACGCUCGCCUUCCUCACGCUGCUGAAGCCGCCGGGCGCUCUCGCUGUCUUGGUGCCGCUAUAUGGUAUAUUGCUAGCGACGAUGGCGUGGCGCGGCGUGGCGCGGCUGCGGCGGCGCGGCGCGCGGGCGCCGGACGCCGCAGCCGCCGCGGCCGCCGCGGGCGCGCUGCUGUUCCUGCUCUCCGACGCCAUCCUCGGCUACAGCCUGUUCGGGGGGCCCCUGCCGCACAAGCAGGUGUUGGUGAUGUCAACCUACUACCUGGGACAGCUGGGCAUAGCCCUGAGCGCGCUGGAGACCUCGCCCCAAACCCCUUGAACCCCCGCGACCAGGCGCCUACACUCUACAUGUACCGCUGUACCAUUUUGUAAUCUUCCUGUACUAGAAUAAGCUACAAUCGUGUUGCCAGGAACUGGCUUUGUUAAGUGAAUAUUGUUAUUUUUACAACUUUUUAUAGAACGGUUUUGCACAACGUUCAGCGGAGUUGAAUCAGACAGACUGUGAUAUGAAAUCGGCUAUCGUGUCUUCUCAUUAGGUUUAAUUGGUUUAUGUGUUAGUCUAGAGGUAGAAUAGCCGCGAUAGAGGAAUACACGCGGACUUAGAUGGAUUUACGCCGGGCCGAAAACGUUCAAUGAGAAAUGUAAAAGACAUGUCAGAUGCCUUUAGGCGACUUGAAUGAAAUCUGAGACCAGUGUUAGCAAUAACACCCUCGAUAACAAGGAUAAAGUACAAUGAAAUUCAUCCAGUUGUUCCACAGCCUAGCUACAGACGCAACAGCCGCUAGCGUUGACAUUGCGGCCAGGUUUGUCACAAUAUAUAACAGGAACUGUAUCUGUAUUAAUAAUGUUACUUUAGAAAAAUAACAGCCUUUUAGCUAGAUCCCAACUCGUCAGGAGGCGUUGGAAGCGGCGUUCCGAAACGCACUGAGAUUAUGGCGCCAACUCUGGCAUAUCGCUAACUUAACCGUGGUACGCGUUCACCCAGACGAAACAUGACAACGUAUUUGUUCCACACAUUUUGCCGGAGUUUCCCGCCUGUGCCCCGAGCGUACGCCCAUCUUAUCACGCGAAUGUUGAAAAUGUAAAGUGACGAGAAAAAAGACGAACGUGCCAAAACAGUGCGAGCGAUUUAAAAGACGUGCAAUCUCCGACAUCUUUUGAGAACUGUUUAUGUAAACUACAUAAGAAUAUGUUAAGGUAUUAGCGAAUAUAUUAUAAGCAUAAAAUGUGUAAUGUCUUCUAACAAUAGAAUCAUAGGAUUUGAACGCAGAGAUGUGCUGCGCUGUACGCAUUUAUAUUGUGAGGAAUAUUUGAUGUAACUUGACCCGUAAAAUCAACGCAAUAGAGACUAUCUCGAACCACCGCGCCCCGCCCGUGCCGGGCUAAGUGCGUCUCUGGUUAUGGCUUGUGUUAAAGUUGUCAUCUCUCUUGUUUAAAAAUAUCGUCGUAUGAAUAAAUGUAUACGUAUACAUAAAUUGAUAUUUCACAUGGAUAUCAUACAACAUAACGCUGUAACACUUCUAAAUCGUUCUAUGCUUGUGGUCAGCACAUAAGCAUUAUACGUAUUUGCUGACAUAAUGAAUCUAAAUUGAACAGCGUGAUGUUUCGCAAUCACGAUUCGCCAAGUGCACACGAGUGACCGCGGGCCGCUACCACGAUCGGCAUAUUGCUGGUUUCUCGCCGCUUUGUAUGACAUGGCCCGGGAAGGUGCGUUCGAAUCUUCUAUCUCAUUUGGCUCGUUGUCUUUACUUUUCUUUGUCUUUGGAAUCUCCACAAAUAAUGUAUAAAAUCAUAGUCUUCGGUAGUAUUAUAUAUUAUAUCGAACAUAUCUGUAGUUGCCGUGGUACGGAGCCACACACACAUUGACAGGCACCUAGUAGUAGGACUGUAUGUGGUAUUUUAUUGAUUGUUAUUUACAUGCUAUUGUAUAGGGAAUAAAUCAUUUUAAAAUC